CACACUCGCCGAUUCAGUGAUUAAGCGAUUUCAUGUUCACUCGCAAUGCGCAGUCGAUCUGAUGAUUAAACUUAUACUCGCGUAUGUACUUUGUACUCGUAUUUACGUAGGUACGUAGGUACGUAAUAGGUACGUGUAUACGACGUUGACGUCGACGCCUUACCAGUGAAAUAGGUACCGGACACCGGUACAUCAUCUCAUACCUACUCGUAUUUACGCCAAGCCUUUGGCUCUAGAAUAGAAAUGCUGAUAGGAAUUAUCCUUACAGCGCUAUUAUUUUCUUACGCACCAGUUUAUGGAGACGAUAAUGGGUACGACGGUUUCGGCAGCGGCGCAAACGAGGCAGACGUAGCUCCUUAUACUCGUCACAGCAGCGGUCGUCACCACCAUGGCGGCGGCGGUGGAGGCGGAGGUGGGGGCGGGGGCGGUCACGGUCACGGCGGCGAACACAUUCACAAAGGCGAAGUUCUGCAUAGGCACAUACACGAGGGACGCGUGGAACAUAUUCACAAGCACGUAGGUCACGCCGAACACGACCACAAACACAAAGGACACGCCGGACACAGCCACAAGCACAGCGGCCACGCCGCUCACGAUCACAAGCACGCCGGACACGCGGCGCACGAUCACAAGCACGCCGGCCACGGCGAGCACCACCAUUCGCACCACGGCAAGGCCGAGCACGGCCACAAGCACGUCGGCUCGGCGGCGCACUCGCACAAGCACCACGGAGCGGCCGAGCACGCGCACAAGCACGUCGGCCACGGCGAUCAUUCGCAUUCGCAUCACGGCAAGGCCGAGCACGCGCACAAGCACCACGGACACGCCGAGCACGCGCACGAACACGCCGGCCACGCCGAGCACUCGCACAAGCACCACGGCUCGGCCGGCCAUUCGCACAAGCAUUUGGGCCACGCGCAGCAUUCGCACGCGCACGGCGGCCACGCCGACCACGCGCACAAGCACGAGGGCCACGCGCACCACGACCACGGACACGAAGGCAAAUUCGGCCACGGACACGAGCACCACGGACACGCCGGCCACAAGCACCAGCAUUCCGGGCACGCGGCCCACGGCCACAACCAUCACGGCAAAUUCGGCCACGGACACGAGCACCACGGACACGCCGGCCACCAGCACCAUCACUCCGGACACGCGGCCCACGGUCACAAACACGCCGGCCAUUACGGGCACGGCCAUAAACACGUAGUCGGCGACCACGCACACGAAGGCGGAGGAGGCCACGGCCAUCGCUACACUGCCGCCGCCGCCACCGCCACUGCCGGAUAUCUGGUCAAAAGAAACGACGACGAAACGAAGAGCGCCGCCGCCGCCGCCGCCGCCGCCGCCAGACCAGCGCCCAUCACCGCAUCCGCAUCCGCAUCGACCCCCGCUGACGAGGGUCUCGGCAAACAUCACGAAACGUAUUCCAGCGAUCCCGAAGAUCCUUUCGCCAUUGAGGAAUACAUACCAAAAUCGGAAGUCGCCGACUACGGUUCUAUGGGGUAGCGAAGAAUGUGAAUGCACCCUACUAGGCUACUACUACACGCAAAAAACCCACUGGCCACUUCUCCUCUUCGUCUAGUUACCUACCUACCUUUCUCAGGCAUAGGGGCUACAUGGCUACUUGUCAUCAUAUCAUACAUACGAGAUAUGACUUCUGACCCUCAUACAUCGCAAACUGGUGCUUCAUUCGAUCAACGAUAUUUAUGUACAUAUUAAGUGUGUAAAAUUAUGUAUUUUACUUACGUAGGUUCUCGAGACCCUGCGCAAAAAUCCCCCCUUCCCCAUUAUCAACCAUCCUUGUGAGCACGAACAUUCCACGUAUAUGUACACAAAUCCAGCAUUCACAUCUGCUCUUCGCCGCAUCAGGGGUACAAUUUCAAAACAAAAAAAAACUUUUAGUUAUAGACUGAUCGAAAAAUAAAUGUACUAGUCAUCGUGUAAUAAAAUUUAUGAA